AUGGCGGCAAAACCCGUGUGUAGGGCGCAGGAUGACGGGGGGCAGGGCGGGCGUCCCCCGGGGCAGGUGUUCCUCCUCACCUGCACCUCAGCACCGAGCCACCAAAGCCCGCUGGGUGGCGGCAGGCAUCUUUCCCGCGUUCCAGAUGACCUCACCGGCUGCCCCAGCCAAGAAGGCGGGGGAACAGAUGGCUGCUCCGUGUCUGGCUCCACAGGCCAGGAACCUGGGCUGCAGUUAAUUCCGACCCACUGCCGAUCCACCCGCUACGGUCUCCACAGCCUGGAUCUCGUGUGGCCCCCACGGGCUCCUCCCAGCGCCCUGAGCACACGAGGUUUGCAGCAAGUCUACGUAGCUUACAGGCUCCAGACACCCGCACAGAGGCCCCAGACACCCGCACAGGCCCUGACACCCCCACAGGCCCCGGACACCCGCACAGGCCCCGGACACCCGCACAGGCCCCAGACACCCGCACAGGCCCCGGACACCCGCACGGGCCCCGGACACCUGCACAGGCCCCGGACACCCGCACAGAGGCCCCGGACACCCGCACAGAGGCCCCGGACACCCCCACAGGCCCCGGACACCCGCACAGAGGCCCCGGACACCCGCACAGAGGCCCCAGACACCCGCACAGGCCCCAGACACACGCACAGGCCCCGGACACCCGCACAGAGGCCCCGGACACCCCCACAGGCUCCAGACACCCGCACAGAGGCCCCAGACACCCGCACAGGCCCUGACACCCCCACAGGCCCCGGACACCCGCACAGGCCCCGGACACCCGCACAGGCCCCAGACACCCGCACAGGCCCCGGACACCCGCACAGAGGCCCCAGACACCCGCACAGAGGCCCCGGACACCCCCACAGGCCCCGGACACCCGCACAGAGGCCCCGGACACCCGCACAGAGGCCCCGGACACCCCCACAGGCCCCGGACACCCGCACAGAGGCCCCGGACACCCGCACAGAGGCCCCGGACACCCCCACAGGCCCCGGACACCCGCACAGAGGCCCCAGACACCCGCACAGGCCCCGGACACCCGCACGGGCCCCGGACACCCGCACAGGCCCCAGACACCCACACAGGCCCCGGACACCCCCACGGGCCCCGGACACCUACACAGAGGCCCCAGACACCCGCACAGGCCCCGGACACCCCCACAGGCCCCGGACACCUGCACAGAGGCCCCAGACACCCGCACAGAGGCCCCGGACACCCCCACAGGCCCCAGACACCCGCACAGAGGCCCCAGACACCCGCACAGAGGCCCCGGACACCCCCACAGGCCCCGGACCCCUGCACAGAGGCCCCAGACACCCGCACAGAGGCUCCGGACACCCCACAGGCCCCGGACACCCGCACAGGCCCCGGACACCCCCACAGGCCCCGGACACCCGCACAGAGGCCCCAGACACCCGCACAGAGGCCCCAGACACCCGCACAGAGGCCCCGGACACCCCCACAGGCCCCGGACACCCGCACAGGCCCCAGACACCCGCACAGGCCCCGGACACCCCCACAGGCCCCGGACACCUGCACAGAGGCCCCAGACACCCGCACAGAGGCCCCGGACACCCCCACAGGCCCCAGACACCCGCACAGAGGCCCCAGACACCCGCACAGAGGCCCCGGACACCCCCACAGGCCCCGGACACCUGCACAGAGGCCCCAGACACCCGCACAGAGGCUCCGGACACCCCACAGGCCCCGGACACCCGCACAGGCCCCGGACACCCCCACAGGCCCCGGACACCCGCACAGAGGCCCCAGACACCCGCACAGAGGCCCCAGACACCCGCACAGAGGCCCCGGACACCCCCACGGGCCCCGGACACCCGCACAGAGGCCCUGGCCACCCCCACAGGCCCCGGACACCCGCACAGGCCCCGGACACCUGCACAGAGGCCCCGGACACCCCCACAGGCCCCGGACACCCGCACAGAGGCCCCAGACACCCGCACAGAGGCCCCGGACACCCCCACAGGCCCCGGACACCCCCACAGGCCCCGGACACCCGCACAGAGGCCCCGGACACCCCCACAGGCCCCGGACACCCCCACAGGCCCCGGACACCCGCACAGAGGCCCCGGACACCCCCACAGGCCCCAGACACCCGCACAGAGGCCCCAGACACCCGCACAGAGGCCCCGGACACCCCCACAGGCCCCGGACACCUGCACAGAGGCCCCAGACACCCGCACAGAGGCUCCGGACACCCCACAGGCCCCGGACACCAGCACAGGCCCCGGACACCCCCACAGGCCCCGGACACCCCCACAGGCCCCCGGACACCCGCACAGAGGCCCCAGACACCCGCACAGGCCCUGA